AUGCAACUUGUAUAUUGGCUAUUGGUCAUUAUUAUAGUUCAAAUAGGAUUGAGUAUCAAAUUAACGGCCAAUGAUAUUCGCAAUAUUAACAAAGCAAGAAUGAAUAAGAAAACCUUCGAAACAACUAAAAACAUACAUUUAAAUUGGUACAUUUAUGCGAUCAAAGCGUUACUUGGACAAGUUGGCAAGGAAAUGUAUCAACAAUUAACUGAAGAUAAACAGAAAAUGCUGGCUUUAUGUCUAGAUAAAAUAGCAGAUGACCGUGACCUUGUCGCUAGCGCUAAAUGUUUGGUACAGGGACGACAAAGGCCAUAUUUUAAUACUUGUAAACAAGAUCUUGAGCAAGGUCAAGCAACUGAUCAAUCAGCUGAUACACCGGCUUUUAUUACAAUAAAUGACUCUAAGAACGAGGAGGAGGAAUCAUUCGAAAAUCAUGAUUAUGAAAGAAAAAGUGUUGGAAGAUAUCAUCGGACUAAUACAAGAGAAAAAAUUUCUCAUACCUCUCGUUCCGCAUUUGAAAAUAAGUCCCCUAAUCGACAUUCACUUCAACCUUCCAUUCAAUUUUCGGGAUUUUCUAAUAUUCCGGAUUACAAGAAGAAUUUCACCCCACACAUUUUCAGUACUUCCAAACAUUUAACUGUUCCAAUAUCAACUUCCGACCCAUCUAGGAUAUUCAGAGCAAUAUACUUGAACCAACUGUUAUCAGUUGAUAAGAAAUCAAGGCAUAUAAAUUUGAUACCAAGAAAGCAUUCGAUAGGAGAAAAUAAAACUUCCAAAACAUUGUACCUGAUUGAAAAUGAAACUAGAGGAAGUAGAAAAUUUGUUGGACAGUCUUCUAAUUCUUCACAUUACGAGAAAGUUGGAAGAAAGAAGUGGGAAAGAGGGCAUUCAAAAAAAUCCGAAUUGGUCAAAAAUAUAAAUCUUCUUGAGAGAUUCAGAAAUUUCGGGAAAAAUGACUGGUAUGUCGCAGUAUCCAGCAAUUCUUCAUCUAAACAGAGUGAAAAAUUAUAUUUGAAUUCUGUCCCAUCAAAAUUUAGGGAAAAAAAGCUAUUGCAACGACAACGUCGUUCUUAUCGACUUAUCACAAAUCAUGUUAUCAAAAGUGAUCAUCUAAUUGUCGAUGUAAAACAAGUUAAUAAAAUGCCAGCAAUGCACGAUUCGGCUGUCCACAAAACUCUCAUACAACAACUGUAUAAAUUUAUUACCAUUAUGCUAAACGGUAAAGAAGUAAGUGGCAACUGGAUAAAAACCUAUGAACAUAUUACGGAAUUCAAAAAACAAAUAGAUCAACAAUUAGGAUCAAGCAAUGGAAAAGUUUACAAUCUUCGACUUUUUGACCUUGUACUCGAUAAUAAAAAACGUACCACACCAAAUGUUCAGUCAAAAUGGAAGGAUUUCAUUUCGAUGGCAUUCGAUCUUGUAAAUGGAAUUAAUUGGAAUCAUAAAAAUGAGCAAUUCAAUUUUCGAUUUUUGAGUCCUCGAGUAAUGCCUUUAAUACCUGAUAAGGUGCAAUCUGAAAAACAUCUUUUAUCGCCUUCUAUCAUGUCAUUUUACAAGGAUGAUAGCCCAGAUAAUAUUGCCUCCAUUCCUAAAUUAUUGGCAAAAAGUGGUAUGGCGGAAAACGAUCAGCAAACGAUAUUAGAGAUGAUAAUGGAUAUUUCAGGAGCGCGUGUUGCCAUUGAAAUGGCACUUGAUAUCUUUAACAAAACAUAUGUUUCCGAUCUGGAAGGUGUAAUCUUUGAGGCAACAAAACAAAUUAAUCAAGCAUUCAAAGAUCUGGAAAAAUCGUUCAAUAUCGAACAGCAGAAUGAUUUAGAGAGGAAAGGAUUUACAUUCUUGGAAGCAACACAAUUCAAACAAAUACUUCAUCAGCAAGGUAUUAAGAAGUUGGAAGAUAUAAAUUUCGAUUUGAUAAAGUAUGAACAACUUAGUAGGAAAGAGAAGGAAGAAACAUUGUGGGCGAAUAUUGAACGAAUUGCAACCAAUCAACCUGAGAGACCGUAUCGAAAAAAACGUCAAGCAAUAUCAACGCUUGAACCAAUCAUUCUGGCACCAUUCAUGUUUUCCCCUACUUUUGGUCUAAGUAUUUUAGGACCUGUGGUACUAUCACCUAGCAUUUUUAGUCCAUUGAUUCUCAAUCCGUCUAUUCUUGGCCCAUAUAUCCUUUCCCCAGGAGUCUUUCUUCCCUUUCUUUUCUCGCCAUAUAUACUUUCCCCUUAUAUUUUAUCACCACUUGUUGGUGCACCAUAUAUACUAUCUCCCUAUGUUUUAUCACCAAAUAUUUUGAAUCCAUAUUUGUUAAGUCCAUUAGUGCUCAGUCCAUAUAUUCUUAGUCCAGAUAUUUUUUCACCACAGGCAUUAGGCGGUCAAAUAUUAUCACCGAAUGCAUUUUCACCAUCAAUUUAUUCGGAUAGUGUUCUCUCGGUUAGUGUCCUUUCACCGACUUGGAUGUCGAAAUAA